AUCUUGGCAGGAGGCAAAGCGGCCGCGGCUCCUGUCAGGGGGGCAGCAGGUCCCAAGCGGCCGGUGCUGCCCUUCCUCUGACCCCAGCCCUAUCCCCAGUGGAGCCGGAGCGCGAGUGCGCCCCCCCCCCCCCUCACCAUGGUGCUGUUGGCAGCAGCGGUCUGCACAAAAGCAGGAAAGGCUAUUGUUUCUCGACAGUUUGUGGAGAUGACCCGAACUCGGAUUGAGGGCUUGUUAGCAGCUUUUCCAAAGCUUAUGAAUACUGGAAAACAACAUACGUUUGUUGAAACAGAGAGCGUAAGAUAUGUUUACCAACCUAUGGAGAAACUGUACAUGGUUCUGAUCACUACCAAAAACAGCAACAUUUUAGAAGAUCUGGAGACCCUGAGGCUCUUCUCAAGAGUGAUCCCUGAAUACUGCCGAGCUUUAGAGGAGAAUGAAAUAUCUGAACAUUGCUUUGAUUUGAUUUUUGCUUUUGAUGAAAUUGUUGCCCUGGGAUACCGGGAGAAUGUUAACCUGGCACAAAUCAGAACCUUCACAGAAAUGGAUUCUCAUGAGGAGAAGGUGUUCAGAGCAGUCAGAGAGACUCAAGAACGUGAAGCCAAGGCUGAGAUGCGUCGUAAAGCAAAGGAAUUACAACAGGCUCGAAGAGAUGCAGAGAGACAGGGCAAGAAAGCACCAGGAUUUGGAGGAUUUGGAAGCUCUGCUGUAUCUGGAGGCAGCACAACUGCCAUGAUCACAGAAACCAUCAUUGAAACUGAUAAACCAAAAGUAGCACCUGCUCCAGCCAGGCCUUCAGGCCCCAGCAAAGCUUUGAAACUUGGAGCCAAAGGAAAGGAAGUAGAUAACUUUGUGGACAAAUUGAAAUCUGAAGGUGAAACGAUCAUGUCCUCCAAUAUGGGCAAGCGUACCUCUGAUGCAACCAAAGUGCAUGCUCCACCUAUUAAUAUGGAAAGUGUGCAUAUGAAGAUUGAGGAAAAGAUCACACUAACCUGUGGACGAGAUGGAGGAUUACAGAAUAUGGAGUUGCAUGGCAUGAUCAUGCUUAGGAUCUCAGAUGAUAAAUUUGGCCGAAUUCGUCUUCAUGUGGAAAAUGAAGAUAAGAAAGGAGUGCAGCUACAGACUCAUCCAAAUGUGGAUAAAAGACUUUUCACUGCAGAAUCUCUAAUUGGCCUGAAAAAUCCAGAAAAGUCAUUUCCAGUCAACAGUGAUGUAGGAGUGCUAAAGUGGAGACUACAAACCACAGAGGAAUCUUCUAUUCCAUUGACAAUUAAUUGCUGGCCCUCAGAGAGUGGAAACGGCUGUGAUGUCAAUAUAGAAUAUGAACUACAAGAAGAUAAUUUAGAACUAAAUGAUGUGAUUAUCACCAUCCCACUCCCGUCUGGUGUCGGGGCACCUGUGAUUGGUGAGAUCGAUGGCGAGUAUCGACAUGACAGUCGACGAAAUACCUUGGAGUGGUGCCUGCCAGUGAUUGAUGCCAAAAAUAAGAGUGGCAGCCUGGAGUUCAGCAUUGCCGGGCAGCCCAAUGACUUCUUCCCUGUUCAUGUUUCCUUCAUCUCCAAAAAAAAUUACUGUAACAUACAGGUUACCAAAGUGACCCAGGUAGAUGGAAACAGCCCUGUAAGGUUUUCCACGGAGACUACUUUCCUAGUGGAUAAGUAUGAAAUCCUGUAAUACCAAGAAAGGGGAACCAAAAAGGAAAAUUUUCAAAUUAAUAAAGAAGAAGCCAACAGUGGCUGAAGAGUUUUUUUUUCCCCCCAAAUCUACAAGCCAUUGGAGAUCCUUUUUAUCUGAUACAGUGCACAAUUCUCUACGCGCAAGGACCCUCAACUCACCCCCAUUGUUUCAGUGUCACAGAGACAUUCUUUGGCUAAGAAAUGACACAAGCAUAAAGGGAAAGGCUGCUGAUUUAUUUGGCAGAUUUUACUGGCCAGCAGGAAAGCAAGCUCUCCAGACAAUGCCCUUGGUUAAACACCUUCUCUGCCUUCACCUAAGCUGCCCUUUAUUUUAAUCCCUAAAUUUGGUUAUAUUUUUGUUGUUUAAAAACAGAAGAUUUUAAACUUCUAUACUCCUUUUUUUUAUCUUCGGCUUUUUUUCUUUCUAUAUAUUCAGUUAAGCACUAGGAUCACCUGUAUAUAAAUGUUGCAUUUGUUUGGCACUCCUGGAACAAGUUAAUCUAAUCCAUUUUUGAUUUUUGGACUAGACAGGUGAACUCCCUAAAGGGUAGGUGGUCCAGAUGUUAAAAGAUAAGGAUGUCUUAUGACUUUUCCCAUAUCCCUUCAUUCCUUGCCAAGUUGUUUUCCUUUCAGGCCUGUUCCUCCAGUUAGAACAUCACUGUGAAUCCCACUUGUGUCCAGGAAUUAAAGACAGCUGAGAAGCAGCUUUCAAAUGGCACAGUCACCUUUUCAAGAUGCCUGGGAGGAGAAUGCUUAUGUCUGGUUAGGAAUUUCACAUCUACAGAUAAUCAUGUCUGCUACUGGUGCUAUCCAAGCUUCCAGAUAUCCACAUUUUGGGUACUUCAUCUAAAACAUAAUAGCUCAUGGUCUUUGUAAUCCAUUCACAUUCCGUGAAUUGGCCAGCUCCUUUUUACUGGUUGUGCUGUAUGUUAUUAUUCCUGUCCUUUUUAGCACAGACAAGGUUAUGAUUUUGGAGAAUGUGGGUUCAGUGAGUCCUAUUGCCAAUACCUUGGUCUUAACUAUUGAGGAGACUGCAUUUCCACCACCAGGUUUUUAGCAUUUCAAAAGGCAGCUGAUUAUACUGGUAUGUAGGAAUUGCUCAGAUAUAUCCAUUUCCUUCCAACAUUUUCACAGCCUAUUUGACCUUUUCUCCCCUAAACCUUUUAUUUUGAAUGACAUCAUGUAGUGGUUGUUUCUCAGCUUUUCAGCUCUAUCUCACCCAUUACCUUUUAUUGGAGAAGACUGUAUCAGCCAGCCCAGCAUUGGCUUUUAACCCAGUAUUGCACUAAGUAGAGUUGGUGAAGAGUCCCUGCCAGGCUACAAGAAGAGGUAGAUGACUAUAAAGGUAUCAAGAACCUCCUAUACUUCUAGCGGGUUGGAGAGUACUACUCCCAUUCUGAACAGCAUCUGGCCUUCCCUGCCAACAGUGUAUUUUACUUGAAGCAAAGCAGUCACUCCCUAAUGGCCAUGGAUGGAAUUGUUCGCCAAAGAAAUUUCUGGCCUUUCCCUCUCCCCUAACUGCAUCGGGGAAGAAUCCUAUUCUCUAGCUUGGUUCCACAUGAGGUUUUUUUGAGGAAGGGGACUAGGACAAGAAAUCUGUCAUGUAGUGAAGUAGGCAAGAAAUAAUUAAUCCGGUUUUGUUUGAUAGUUGCUUGUCCGUAUGAUUUUUUAAAAGUUCAAGUUUAGUUUCACAGAAACUUUUUUUCUGAAAUUACUUUUGGGGUAAUAUUUAAAAUGAGAGACGUUUUGUAACCCUGUAAAAUACGUAGGGAAUAUAACAUUCCAGUGUACACAAAGAAGGCAAAUUCUUUAAUCAAAUAAAGAGUAUUAUAAAAUGAGAUGUUUAUAAGACUGUUGACUCAUACCUUGGUGUCUGCUUGCUGAUUCAGGAUGAUGUAAUGGGAUCUAAGAUUAAAAAUUAAUGAUGAGUGUUUUAAAGAGAA